CGCCCCCGCGGCGCGCGCCGUGCGUCCGGCUGUUGCGGAUAAAGUUUGAAGCGGAGCCGCCGCGGUCACGUGCGCGGAAGAUGGCGGCCCCGGCGGGCGGCGGAGGCGCCGCGGUGUCGGUGCUGGCCCCGAACGGGCGGCGCCACACGGUGAAGGUGACGCCGAGCACCGUGCUGCUGCAGGUUCUGGAGGACACGUGCCGGCGGCAGAACUUCAACCCCAGUGAAUACGAUCUGAAGUUUCAGAGGAACGUGCUGGACCUCUCUGUGCAGUGGAGGUUUGCCAACCUGCCUAACAAUGCUAAGCUGGAGAUGGUGCCCGCCUCCCGGACCCGCGAGGGGCCCAAGAACAUGGUCCGCAUCGCUGUGCAGCUGGACGACGGCUCCAGGCUGCAGGACACUUUCUGUUCGGGCCAGACCCUCUGGGAGCUUCUCAGCCAUUUUCCACAGACCAGGGAGUGCCUGCAGCGGCCGGGCGGGGCAACGCCCAUGUGCGUGUACAUGCGGGACGAGGUGACCGGCGGAGCAGCGCUGCGGACCACGACCCUGCAGUCGCUGGGCCUCACCGGGGGCAGUGCCACCAUCAGGUUUGCCACGAAGAGCUGUGACCCUGCGGGCACGCCGGAGCCCGGGGCGGCCGGGGGCAAGGUCUCCGGGAGCCCAACCUCCUCUGCGUCGGCCGGGCAGGCGGCUAGCAGCCCCCUGCUUCCGUUGAACUCGGGGGAGCUCAGCAGGGGGGACCUGGGCCGUCCGGACGACGCGGGCACCACGGGGACCAGCCAUGCGGACAGCCUGGGCCUGAAGGCAGCAGACAUGGAGGCGGAGCCGAGCAGGAAGGCGUCCGUGCCUGCCCCCUUCGUCCCUUUCUCUGGCGGGGGUCAGCGACUGGGGGGCCCUACUGGGUCCACGAGGUCUCUGCCGGCGCCUUCGGCCAAACUGCCCAAGUCCCUCUCCAGCCCUGGAGGCCCCUCCAAGCCGAAGAAGUCCAAGCCCGGCCAGGAACCCCAGCGGGAGCCAGAGCCGCCCGAGGACCAGGCGCCCGUGGACCGGGAGCCGGUGGUGUGCCACCCGGACCUGGAGGAGCUGCUGCAGGCCUGGCCGGCAGAGCUGCCCGACGAGUUCUUCGAGGUGACGGUGGACGACGUGCGGAGACGCCUGGCCCAGCUCAAGAGCGAGCGGAAGCGCCUGGAAGAAGCCCCACUGGUGACCAAGGCCUUCCGGGAGGCCCAGAUGAAGGAGAAGCUGGAGCGCUACCCAAAGGUGGCUCUGAGGGUCCUGUUCCCUGACCGCUACAUCCUGCAGGGCUUCUUCCGCCCCAGCGAGACAGUAGGGGAUUUGCGAGACUUUGUGAGAAGCCACCUGGGGAACCCAGAGCUGCCGUUUCACCUGUUCAUGGCCCCUCCGAAGACUGUGCUGGACGACCACGCGCUGACCCUCUUCCAGGCGAACCUCUUCCCUGCUGCCCUCGUGCACUUUGGAGCCGAGGAGCCUGCAGGUCUCUACCUGGACCCCAGGCUGUUGGAACACACUGUGUCCCCUUCUGCCGCUGAUGUGCUGGUGGCCAGGUGCAUGUCCAGGGCCGCUGGGUCCCCAUCCCCAUUGCCAGCCCCUGACGCUGCAGCCCUCGAGUCCAAGCUGACUGCUGAGGAGGGGGUGAUGGGCCCCCUGGAGCCCACCCCAGGCACAGCCCAGCCUGUGAGGAGGAGCCUGGGCAAGGUGCCCAAGUGGCUGAAGCUGCCAGCCAGCAAGAGGUGAGAGCUGCCAGCCCAGGAGCCCAUUCUGCCGGCCUCAGGACCCCCAACCCCUCACCCUGGUGGGAAUAAAGACUCGCGCUUCUCUCGAGA